AUGUCCCUGGUGACAUUGCGAGUCGGCCUCAGCUCCGCCGAGAACCGCGGCGGCAGCAUCGAGCGGUACCGCGUCUGCAGCGGCAGCCGGCCCGGGGGUCACAGCGGCCGCCGUGACCUCAGCAGCCGGCCCGGGGGUCACAGCAGCCGGCCCGGGGGUCACAGCAGCCGGCCCGGGGGUCACAGCAGCCGCCAUAAACCGUCCAUCAUCAUCAGUGACGAUGAAAUCGAGGACGGUGGAUCGGUGAAGAUCACCUGCACGCAGCCCAUCGACUACAGCGGAGGAGAAUGUCGCCUGUACAGACGGCACGCCGCCGUCCCGUUCAGAGAGACGAAGGAGGCGGGCUUCCUGUGCGUCUUCCUGCUGUCCUCCGACGAGCUGCUGGGGAGACGACAUCCUGUGGGCAGCAGGGUCUACUUCACCUGCGACUACCACCUGCAGCAGUACACCUCGGUGAAGAGCGACGUGGGCGGGGUCACUGUGUGGGGUAGCAGUCCCGGUCCUCGUCUGUCCGUCAGCCAUCGUUUCCUCUCACCUGAGGAAAGCGUGGCGGUCACCUGUUCCCUGCCGCACCCCCCGGCCUCCAGCUGUUACUUCUACAGAGACCAGGUCAUCGUGGCUCGGGGGUCCUGCAGCAGGAACCUGACCGGACUGCAGCUCGGGGUCUGGAAGAAACCGGCCCCACUGCUUCCUGUCAACCUGACCUGCAGAUACUAUCCACGCCACGACCUGCAGAUCCGCUCGGAGCUCAGCAACCACCAGCAGCUGUUUGUGCUCGAUGUGGGCGGAGUCUCGGCGUCAGUGAACUGCAGCGUGUCGGUGGAGGACGAUCAGCUGGAGGCGUUCAGGGACAGCUGGACGUCUGUGGGAGCCGACGGACGGACGCUCACUGUUCAGGUGACGAGGGGAAACCUGACCGCAGACCAGACCUGUGACUACAUCCAGGCCUGAUCCCCCCCCUCCUCAUAAUGGCUGAGCUCAGUUACAGUCUGAAAAAAGGGGCGGGUCUCUGAACCCCCCCCCAGGUCUGGUUUGUUAAUCCUGUUGAUUCUCUUCUAACCCCUAAUAAAAACAAAUGA